CGAGCUACCGCCGGGGCAAUAACGUGGAGUAAAUCGCAGCCAAAGGGAAAUCCUCGGAGACGUUUUUAUCACUAAAUCCGAUAUUUUGUGUCUAAGCGUAGCCCCGAUCUGUCAAAGGGAAAAAGAAAUCCGCACCAAGAGUCCGCUCUCUCUGCUGGGAGAGUACAGAGAGGGAUAGACUUCGAGAAGGUUCACUUUGUAAUCAUGGCUGAGAAUGAAGCUAAAGAUACUGGGAAACCAACCAACAACAGCAUUGAGAAUCAGACUGAAGAUGGCUUCCCUCUGUCUUCGCUGGCUAACCUAUUUGAGAAUGAAGAGAGUAGUGCAACUGCUGAAGGGCCUCGAUUGGCUACCCGGGAGAAUGGUGACAACAAUAAGCAGAACCUGAGAUUCAAAUUGCAAGGGGCUUUCAAAAACAGAAUGCCUAACCCAAUAGACCUUUUGGAGUCCUCCAUCUAUGACUCAUCCAUGCCCAGCAUGGCUCCCGCACCGAAAAAGGCUCCUAUGGAUUCGCUUUUUGACUAUGGGUCCUAUAGACAGGGGAGUGAAGACAAGCGCAAAAAGAAGAAACCGGCCAAAGAUAAAAACAGUCCAAAAGUAAAGGCGCCUGCACCUGAACCACCACCUGUUCUGAAGGUCUUUAACAGGGCACUUCUGUUUGAGGUUGUGUCACAAGGGUCUGUAGCCGGACUGGACGGCCUGCUUGUCUUUCUACUGAGCCAAAAGAAGCGACUGACGGAUGAGGAAUUUCGAGAACCUUCGACAGGGAAGACAUGUUUGCCAAAAGCACUAUUAAACCUAACCAAUGGAAAGAAUGAUACCAUUCCUGUGGUGCUUGAAAUUGCAGAAAAGACAGGAAACCUACGUGAGUUCAUCAAUGCACCGUUCCGGGAUGUUUAUUACAGAGGCCAGACUGCGCUGCACAUUGCGAUCGAGCGCCGGUGUAAACAUUAUGUCGAGCUGCUGGUUGAAAAGGGAGCUGAUGUCCACGCACAGGCCCGAGGCAAAUUCUUCCAGCCCAAAGACGAAGGUGGAUACUUUUAUUUCGGUGAAUUACCUCUCUCUCUAGCUGCCUGCACAAACCAGCCAGACAUCGUUAACUACCUCACUGAAAAUCCAGAUAAAAUCGCGGAUCUGCGGAGACAAGAUUCACGGGGAAACACAGUGCUCCAUGCUUUGGUCGCCAUUGCAGAUAACACCAGGGAGAAUACGAAGUUUUUGACUAAAAUGUAUGACUUGUUCCUCAUCAAAUGUGCCAAGAUGUACCCAGACUGCAGCCUGGAGGCCAUCUUAAACAAUGACGGGCUGUCACCACUCAAAAUGGCAGCAAAACUUGGCAAGAUUGGGGUUUUCCAGCACAUUAUCAGGAGGGAGAUAAAGGAUGAAAGUGCGCGUCACCUUUCUCGCAAGUUUCGGGACUGGGCAUAUGGACCAGUAUACUCCUCACUUUAUGAUCUCUCAGCGAUAGACACAUGUGGAGAGGAGGUGUCGUUGUUGGAGAUCCUGGUCUACAAUGGAAAGAUAGAGAAUCGUUAUGAGAUGUUAGCUGUGGAACCGAUUAAUGAAUUAUUUCGUGAUAAGUGGAAGAAGUUUGCAGCUGUGUCCUUCUACCUCAGUGUUAUCUCCUAUAUCACAGCCAUGGUCAUAUUUACCCUUAUUGCCUAUUACAGGCCUUCUGAAGGCAAACCUCCUUACCCGUACAACACAACAGUCGACUACUUUCGAAUGGCUGGAGAAAUUAUCACUGUUGUCACUGCCAUCUUCUUUUUCUUCACAAACGUGAAGGAUUUGUUCCUGAAGAAAUGUCCAGGAGUGAACUCCAUGUUUAUUGAUGGAUCUUUCCAGCUGCUUUAUUUUAUUUAUUCCAUCCUGGUGUUGGUGUCGGCGGGACUGUACUUGGCUGGUGAGGAGUCCUAUCUUGCUGUAAUGGUGUUUGCUCUGGUCUUAGGCUGGAUAAACACACUGUACUUCACCAGGGGCCUGAAGCUAACAGGGACCUACAGCAUUAUGAUACAGAAGAUCCUGGUUAAAGAUCUUUUCCGGUUCCUUCUGGUUUAUGUGUUGUUCAUGAUUGGCUUCACAUCAGCCCUGGUCUCACUGUUGAUGACUUGUCCCAGUGAUGAUAUUACACUUCAAACUUGCGACAUUACAUCUGACUCUCCCAACUGUACGAGUUCGACAUAUCCCAUCUGUAGAGACAACUUGUCAUUCAGCAAGUUCCUCCUGGAGCUUUUCCGACUCACCAUUGGCAUGGGUGACCUCGAUGUUAUCAACAAUGCCAAGUACCCCAUUGUGUUUGUGAUCCUCCUGGUCUCCUAUAUUAUCCUAACCUUUGUGCUCCUGCUGAACAUGUUAAUUGCUUUGAUGGGUGAAACUGUGGGUCAGGUCUCUAAGAAGAGCAAACAAAUCUGGAGACUGCAGUGGGCUACAACUAUCCUGGAUAUCGAAAGAUCAUUCCCAGUGUUUCUAAGAAAAGCAUUUCGUUCAGGAGAGAUGGUUACUGUGGGAAUCAAUUCUGACGGUACUCCUGACCGGAGAUGGUGUUUUAGAGUGGAUGAGGUCAACUGGUCUCAUUGGAACCAAAAUGUUGGAAUUAUUAAUGAAGAUCCAGGAAGGAGUGACACUUACCAAUAUGAUGCUGGUUUUACUCACACCAUUGGGCGGCUACGGCGAGACCGCUGGUCAACUGUGGUUCCACGCGUUGUGGAGUUGAAUAAAAGUUCCCGUCCCGAUGAUUAUGUGGUGGGAAUGGAGCACCUUGCGUUGGAAAGAAAAUAUGGUGAUGGAAAUUGGCGGCAACAUAGCCAUCGGAAGAAAGAUGAAACACACAUUUAAUUAUUUAUGUUAUUUGACAGAUGCUAGAAUUGAACUUACAAAGCCAGAACCAAUUCAAAAUCAGAUCGAGGUUCUUACAAGGGAAUGUUUAUGAUUGAAAGUUAGUGCCACAAGACACGUACUGUCCCUUGUAGGGAUCUGUACACAAUAUAUUACAGUUCAUGAUGUUCAAAACUAGAAAGUUGGUGCCAGUUAAGAACUGACUAUCUCAGAAUUAUUUACUUCCCACUCUCAGCUGUUGUGAAGUCUUUUGUCCGCCCUGCUGUUCUGUGGUAACAUCUUCCUGGGAGCAGGUGUAUUUCCCGUCCCUCCUCACUCCAUCUCCGUCAUGGGUCUUUCAUCCAGUAAUAUAAUGCUGCAGGUGUUAUAUUUAUGAGGUUGAAUUUCUGCAAGUUUUCCUGAUUUCAUAGAAGCAUGAGACAUAGUAGAAGAAUGAGGCCGUUUCUACUGACAUUUCACUGUAUGGUUCUCUGCAUUAUUGGAUAAAGUUAUUGCUGUAUGGUUUUAUAACGCUCAGUACAGGGCUGUAUAUCCAUACAGCAGGAAUAAUUGUGCUUCAUCAUUUCUGCUCCAGCCACUGACCUGGAUAUUCAUAUAAGUAAAAUGGAGAGUAGCAAGUGGACUUUAUAAACAUUUACAUUCGCUAUGCUAUUGUCCAGUUCCUUGCAGCUGAGAUGGCUGUGCACCAAUUCUCUCAAUCAGGAGUGCCCACAAUUUCCAUUUCCACUGUUGCGAGAUACUGAAGACGUUACUCUCAUGUGAACAUUCUUCUUGUAUACAGCCAAAUUGUAGUGAGUUUUUCUAGAGCCCCUAGUCCGCCUUUGUUACCAGUCAGAGUAGGAUCAGCAGAAGCACAAAUUGCUAUUUAUCUGCCGGUGUAACUGACCUGAAGCCAGCUCAAAAGGAGAUGUGAGUGAUCGGAUUCAGGGUAGAACCGUUCUCAACAAAGACAACUCAAAUAGAAAAAAAUCCUCAGGAAAGUAAUAAGAUAUUGUGACAUGAUACACAGGAGACUAUCAUCUCCCAUGUAUAAGUUUGUACAUAGUAUAAAAGAGAUAAAUAAUAGCAAGCUUGUCUCUUGUGGCUUGCUCGUAUGAUCUGUAGCUUUGCAAUUGCAGAUUUGUUGCACCAUCUAAUGCACAAUAUAUUCUGCUGCUUUUAAGGGAAUCUUGUGUUGACCUUGAUAAUUCAUUUAAAAAUAAGUAGGUAUGGAGUUACCUGAUUCCGGGUGUGCUAUUCAGCUUUAGCUGGUGCAGCAGGUCACUUGGCCACUACAGUAUCUGUCUGAUUUUCAUCACCUACAGACUUAGGGCAGGUUCUUUAUUAUAUAAAUAGCUCAGCCAAUUUAUCACAAAAUUGCCACCUCAGUGGCUAAAUUUAAAUACCCUAGGCAUAAACAGGGUUGCAUUGGGCAUUAAAUUGGCUUGUAACUCACUGCCCUAUUUGCAAUAGCGCUAAGGGCACCAUGGUCUCAAGUGAGGAUUGUAGGAGAGGUGGCUGGAUUUGUCGCCUGGUUCAAUAGGAGACCACCUGUAAUAUGGAAAUCAAGAUUGUAUCAUGAUCCAGUUUUGAGGGCUCUGGAGGGUGGACAUGUUGAUAAUAUUCCAACUGUCUGUACUGAUGGUAACUCACUUGUCCUUAAAGGAAACACAGGCAUUGCUUAAAUAGAUUUUUUAACAUUUAUUUUGUUGUGAGGUCAGGAGGUGUAGAAACUCCUCCUGUGCCUAUGGCUACGAGCCUACUCAUUUCCUAUUCUGUACCUCAAGAUAAAACUAGUGUCUAAUCACAGACGCUGUAAAUUGGACUAGUCUCAAACUGAGCGCUGGUUCUAAGGUAAGUCUGCAGACUUUGAGGUGCUCCUUAAAU